CGCGGGGCAUCAUGCCGGGGGGGCGGGUGUGCGCCACGUGCGGCGGCUCGGAGAUCGAGGUGGACGCGGCGCGGGGGGACGCGGUGUGUACGGGCUGCGGCUCGGUGCUCGAGGACAACAUCAUCGUCUCCGAGGUGCAGUUCGUGGAGAACAGCGGCGGCGGCUCCUCGGCCGUGGGGCAGUUCGUGUCCUUGGACGGUGCCGGUAAAACACCAACAUUAGGAGGAGGAUUCCAUGUCAAUUUGGGAAAGGAAUCGCGAGCACAGACGUUUCAGAAUGGGAAACGUCAAAUUAAUCACUUGGGAAACCAGUUGCAACUCAACCAGCAUUGUCUUGAUACUGCCUUUAACUUUUUCAAGAUGGCGGUGAGCAAGCACUUAACCCGUGGGAGAAAGAUGACUCAUGUAAUUGCUGCAUGUCUCUACUUGGUGUGUAGAACAGAAGGAACGCCUCACAUGUUACUUGACCUCAGUGACCUUCUUCAGGUGAAUGUCUAUGUGCUGGGAAAAACAUUCCUUCUGCUGGCCAGAGAGCUCUGCAUAAAUGCUCCAGCUAUAGAUCCAUGUUUAUAUAUUCCUCGUUUUGCACACAUGCUAGAAUUUGGAGAUAAGAACCAGAAGGUAUCAAUGACAGCUCUAAGAUUAUUACAGAGGAUGAAAAGAGACUGGAUGCACACAGGACGCCGGCCAUCGGGGCUCUGUGGAGCAGCUCUUCUAGUGGCAGCAAGAAUGCAUGAUUUCCGACGUACUGUUAAAGAGGUUAUCAGAGUGGUCAAGGUUUGUGAGUCAACGUUAAGGAAAAGGCUUACAGAAUUUGAAGAUACACCAACAAGUCAGCUAACGAUAGAUGAAUUUAUGAAGAUUGACUUGGAAGAGGAGUGUGAUCCUCCUUCAUUUACUGCUGGUCAAAGAAAAUUAAAGAUACAGGAGCUUGAGAAAGCGCUGUCAAAAAAGCUUGAAGAUUUUGAAGGUGAAAUAUCAAUUUACCAAGAUGAAAUAGAGAAUGAAUUAGAAAAUAGUAGGCCAAAGGCAAAAGGAGUAUUUGCCAAUUUGACUAAAGAUGAAUCUAUAGAAGAUAAUACGGAUAGUGUAUUUGGAGAGGAGGAGUCAGAAGGUGAAGAACUGGGAGCAGCUGCUAAUCAUUUAAACAAGGACUUUUAUAAUAAACUUCUAGAUAAAGAUAGAUUAAAGAAAAAUGAAGGGAGAGAAUGCAAAAAUGGAAAUGAAACUCCUAUAUGGCCACCUGCGCUAGAAUCUCUGCUUGGCCCACUCCCUACUGCUGCCAGCCUUGGGAUAACAGAGACUAUACAAGAGUGUGUAUCCACUAAGGAUCGAGACCACAAUCUCAAAGUGCUUUCCAAAGAUGAAAAUACAGGCGACGGUGAAUUAGAUCUUAGUGGAAUUGACGACACUGAAAUAGAUCGGUAUAUACUUGAUGAAACGGAAGCUCAAAUAAAAGCAGAACUGUGGAUGAAAGAAAAUGCAGAUUAUUUGAAGGAACAAAAGGAGAAAGAAGCGAGAAUAGCAAAAGAGAAGGAGCUUGGGAUUUAUAAGGAACACAAGCCAAAGAAGUCUGCAAAAAAGCGGGAGCCAAUUCAAGCUAGCACAGCAGGAGAAGCAAUUGAAAAGAUGUUGGAACAGAAGAAAAUCUCAAGUAAAAUUAAUUAUAAUGUGCUAAAGGACCUGAACAGCAAAGGAAGUAGCACACCAAAGAAAGAGGAUGACAGCACCGAUGACAGCAGUAAUACCAAGAAGCUGUCAAGAAGAAAAUCUACUGCCAGUAGGAAUAUAGCCAACACUGUAAACAGUAUGGGAAAAAGAUUAAGACCCUUGAUUUCUACACAACUAGCUAAAAAGGCUGCAACUGAAGAGGUAACCUUUCCAGAUUCGCAGACAGAAGGGCCAGAGCUUGAAAAACCAGAGAACUUUCUGGUAGAGAGUGGACCGGUGUCAUAUAACCAUGAUGAAGAAGUUGAAGAAGAAGAAAUAGAAGAAGAGGAUGAUCACUGCAUGAGUGCACUUCAGUUAAUGGGAGGAAAUGAUUACGGCUGUGAUAUGGACGAUGACGACGGUUAUUAGUCCUGUGUGCUUGCAAAGGAGAUGUAGUAAUUUUGUGAUUCCAAUGACUUUAUGAAUGGUGAAAGAAGCUGUCUGUGAUCAGCAGACAUACUGAACAGUCCUGUCUUUUGUAAAGAGAAUUUUCAUUGAGUGUUAAUUCUGGUCAGUUUACAUUGACAUAACCCAGCAAUAAAGUUUGGGUUUAUAGUACUUGAAAUUUUUUUUGGAUCAUGUUUUGAGGAAGGAAUUAAUGGAAGUAAUGUUUCCAGAGAACAAAGCAAAAUACCCUGUAUGGAGAGUAUGUUGUGGUUAGAAACUACACGUCUCAUAUUUGAUUCUGCUUCAGGCAUGCUACUGAAAAGGAAUGUAUAGAGGAGGAAUAAAUUAUAAAGUAAAACCUCCGCAUAAAUCUAUGAACUAUACCAGAGUUAAUUCUCUCAUAAUACUAUAAUGAGAAAAAUGGAUAAUCUAAUCUUUAUUAGUAAUGUGACUCUGCCAUUGUAUACAAGCUUCCCUACUUGAUACACUCCCAAAAGUAAAUACAUUAAGGAAAAAGAUAGAAUUCUAUGGCAGUAUCUCUUUAAAUUAAAUUAAUCCUCAGAAGCUAAAUAGGUGCUUACAUACGUUAAUAGUAGAAUUUUGUGUUCCUCAAGAGAUGCUGACAGUAGAAGAGAACAUUGUCACAGAAGGGUGGUUUCUACUGCUCUGUAAAUGCUGAAGAAGUAUUUGUGGGAAAAAAUGGUUAGAUAAAGGCAGGGUAUCUAUGGGGAAAGCAGGAGACACACCGCUGUGGCCAAGUUCAUUGCAGUGACUAUACUGCUGUGGUAUGAUGGUGGAGGUUGGUGCAGUAGGGUGACUGUUGCUACCGUUAGCGAUCUGCUGCAUUCUGGCUGGGUUUGGGAACAGACCUGCUCUGUGAUGCAGCCACACAGAGAACAGCCUGCCUCUAAAGGUCUAGAGGGGGUUAAAUAAAAAAGCGAGCUUUUUGUGUAAAUAAGCUAGUUUCUGGUUUGACUGAAGUUUAAUUUAAUUUAUUUAACUUUUUUAUUGGUAAAUUAAAGGUCACCUGUUGGGCAACCUGAUUGGCUCAGCUUGACUUUCAUUUUGUACAGUAACUAAGUGUUAUUGCCAGGCCUCAGGCCUCUGAGAUCCUACACUUCAAUGCACUAAUCUUUCCAAUCCCAAACUCAAGGACAACUCAUCUGAAUUCUAGCUCUGUGGGUUAAAUUCAGGCCUGAUGUUGGCAGAUUUAGCUCCAUUGACUCUUACCUCCCUCUACCCCCACCUUUAGGGCCUGAUCCAAAGCUCACUGAAGUCUGCUGAAAGACUCCAGUGGACAUUAAUAUGCUUUGGAUCAAGACCGUAAUGAUGUUGGGAGCCACAGGAGUUCUGAUUUUUCGUCUUUGUCACCUGUCAAGGAAGCUGCACCAUCUGCCAGAACCAGCCCAGCUCAGGGAAGGUUAGUUGCACAUCUCUUAGCAAAACAGUCUUCCCUGAGCGGGGCUGCUACAGGUCAGAGUCUGAAUCUACUCUCUACUCACACAAGUGAGGAGAACCCCGUUAAUUAUUAGGCAGAGCACUCAACACAUGAACACCAUCCUCCUCUUCCCUCACGUCUGACUAGUAUGUGUCUGCUAGAUAUUUUGGAGCCCUGUUUCUGCAGUGGCUCUGAGACUGCACGUGCUGUUACAGAGUUUGGCAUGUGGAAAGCCAAAACCCUUUUUGAAGCAGGCUUUGGAUUGUCUGUAGAGGUUGGGCUUUGGAAAGAUUUUUGGGGUUGGAAAGAGGAGAUUUAGUGUGAUUCUUACAGGAAAAGCUGGUACUCUGUAAGAAAAGCUACAGAUGUUUUCUGGGUGCUUUGGUAGCCACACAAAUGCUGCUAUGAGAAUUAAAUUAUGGAGUUAAACCUUUCUAUCUGCACCAGAAUGCAAAAUCACGCUGUUACAUAAUAAUAAUUUGAAAAAUACCAACCAGGUGCAUUAUGCCUCUGCAAAUCUGUGGUAUACCUACCUAGGCCAGUUAGCUUGAAUUUGGAUAUUGCAGCACUCUGCCCAAGAGAAGUAUUGUAAGUACCCGUGUUCCCAGUAUAUUCUCAAAAUCUGGAUUUUACUCUAAGGUACAAAUUAUUGUAUACACAGGAAAUAAACAUGCAUAUUGACUCCUGGAGGGUAGAAUAUCCUCCUGUCUCAAAGGUGUAGUGUCGGCUCUUGAAGAAGCCACUAAGAUGAAUUCUGUAUUGCUGAGAUUCUCUCUCACAUUUUUUGGUGUAGAUUUGCAUAAUGUUUUACCCCACUCAGCGGAAUGCUAAACCAGCUGCCAGGGCAGGAUGUCAUUCGACUGGGGAGCUGGGUGCACAGUGGAGUCCACUACGCUCGAAACAGACAAGUAGAAAAUGAGAAUUUCAGUAAUGAGUUGAGUUUCUGGAAGCUUUAUUUGCCAAACUGGAGGCCAGGGAUGCUUCUCCAUUUAGGAGGGGAAAAUACUUGCAGGGGUUUUGAGUGCUCUCAUAGGAUUCAGUCAGAACAUGCUGUCUCACAGUCUACCGUAAAGGCACUUAGAGAGGACAAAAAGACCAACAGUUCCGUAGCAUCCCAGCAUUGCUAGUGAAUUUAAUUCUAUUUGCUCUUGUGUAGGAGCCUAAAUGAAAAGGGAAGGGCCGUGAUGUCAAAUAGGGAGAAUAUAAAGAUGUUCAAACCAGUUGCGUACAUUUUGAAUUUGCUGGUGACUAGCUGGGAUAUUUAUAAUUUUCCUUCCUUUAUGAUUUAACUAAGCUCAGGAAAUGUAAACAGAUUAGAAGAUGUUAGUUUCUGUUUUUAUAACCACUUAUGGAAAAGUAAAAAGGUUGAGGUAGCAUUAACUCUGUUUACUACUGUUAAUGUAUCUUAGUGUCCUUGCAGAAAACGUUUUGCUGUAUUGUAGCCUGGAUUCCCUUGGAGUAAUUUGGACCCUGCUUUAUUCAGGAUUCUAAUUAUAAUGAAGAGAGAUUAUAAGGCUUCAGCAUUUGUUAUUCUUAGGAUCUUUGUACUAGAAUCCACGUGAGCUACAUAUCUGUAAAAAGCAUAAAUGUCUCUUGCUGCAAGUCACUUUAUUUGACAGGCAAAACCCUCCAGCUGUUGCAUUGUGUUUGUCAUGAAGCCUCUUUAACACACACUACUAUUGUGGGAAUAAAAUAUGAAAGAGGAAUAAUGAAAGUAACAAGAUUGUUCACCAUGGUAAUUGCAUUUUCUGUGUCUUAAUCUUGUAUGACAUUCUUUUAAAGUCACUAUGUUCAAUACAGAGAUCUUAAAUGGUGCCAGACAGCCUUAUGUUGUGGGUUACAUGUUCAUCUAAAAAGUUCUUACCAUACUGAUGGCUUGUCUGUAUUCUCUUUGGAUUGGAUUGAAACUCUCGUCCACAGAUGUAUGCUCUUAAUGUGUCCUUUGCCCAGUAAGUGUACUACUUUUUAUUUGUGUAUUGAGUCUACGCAUUUGAUUCAGUUAGUGCCAAGAGAAUUACAACUGUUCAGUGUCAGCAUAUGUAUCUUCUUUACACAACCACAAUGUGAGCCAUGUUCAGCUUUUUUAUUGUAAUAUAUUUGCUGUAAAUAAAUCC